AUGGAUGAAUACAUUAGAAUUGGGGAGACAACAACACUUGCAAGUCUAAAAAAAUUUGUCAAGUGUGUAAUUUCUGUGUUUGGUGAAAAGUACUCACGAUCACCAACUACCGAAGAUCUUGUCAGGCCAUUUGCAAUUGGUCAAGCCCGUGGUUUUCCUAGAAUGUUAGGGAGCAUAGAUUGUAUGCAUUGGAAGUGGAAGAACUGUCCAAGCGCUUGGAGAGGUAUGUACUCUAGACAUGUACAUGAACCGACUAGUAUUUUGGAAGAUGUUGCAUCCUAUGACCUUUGGAUUUGGCAUGCGUUCUUUGGAAUGCUAGGAUCUUAUAAUGAUAUUAAUGUCUUGGAAAGAUCUACUGUGUUCCAAGAUCUAGCCAUGAGAUGUGCUCCAGCUAUCAAUUAUACAGUCAAUGGGCACAACUACACAAUUGGAUAUUAUUUAGCAGAUGGAAUCUAUCCUACUUGGGCUACGUUCAUGAAAACAAUUCCUGCACCACCAACAUGCAAACUUAAGCAUUUCGUUAAAUGUCAUGAAUCUGCAAGGAAGGAUGUUGAACGUGCAUUUGGAGUCCUUCAGGCACGAUUUGCAAUUAUGCGUGCUCCUACUCGAUUUCUUAAAACUGAUACACUAGACGACAUAAUGAUGGCAUGUAUCAUAUUACAUAAUAUGAUUGUCGAAGAUGAGAGAGAAUCAUAUCAGCAAGUUGAUAUCUCUGUUUACGACCAAAUCAAUGAAAGUCUUCCUUUAACAGAAACAUCAAAUGAAAAGCCUGAAGUCAUGAACUUCAUUAAUCGUCACCAUCAAAUAAUAGAUAGAGAAGUUCACUCUCAACUCUAA